AUGGCCGAGGGGAGACCGAGCCUUCGCUGCCUUCCAGGAUGCGGCUGCCGAGGAGGACAGCCGGGGGCGCUGUCGGGAAUGGAACGGUCGCCUGGGCCGGUAGAGGGCGCUGUUGGGGCGGGGGCGGAGGACAGGGGCGGGGCGCGCACCUUCCCGCGGCCGCGCAGAUGGCACCCCCGGCCGGGGGCGCCCCCAGGGCUGGAGGCGACCCUGCAGAAGCUCGCGCUGCGGCGGAAGAAGGUGCUGAGCGCCGAGGAGACGGAGCUGUACGAGCUGGGGCAGGCGGCGGGCGGCGCCAUCGACCCCGACGUGUUCAAGAUCCUGGUGGACCUGCUGAAGCUGAACGUGGCGCCCCUCGCCGUCUUCCAGAUGCUCAAGUCCAUGUGUGCCGGGCAGAGGCUGGCGAGCGAGCCCCAGGACCCUGCGGCCGUGUCCCUGCCCACAUCGAGCGUACCUGAAACGAGAGGGAGAAACAAAGGCAGCAGUGCUCGAGGUGGAGGCAUGGCACUGGCAGAACGCGGCGGCCGGGAAGGAUCCAGCCAGAGGAUGCCCCGCCAGCCCAGUGCCACCAGGCUGCCCAAGGGGGGUGGACCGGGGAAGAGCCCCACGCGGAGCAGCACCUGAGACGGGUGGAGACUUCU